AGGCGACUGAUUACUGCUCAGACGCAAGCGCAGUGUAGGGAGUCCUUGGCUUGUUGGUAAGCUGUAGGUUACUUCGAAAAAAUACAGGACAUACAAUCAAAAUGCAGAGCUGGAACCGAUUGUAUUGCACGUUAGCCAAGCGAGGCCAUGUACAUCAUCUACCUCGGAGGCUCCAGGGAAUCACAGCGGUGACACUGAGAACCUAUGCAGACAAGACACCAAUUGAUGCUGAUGUCACUGUAGUUGGCUCAGGGCCAGGAGGUUAUGUGGCUGCCAUUAAAGCUGCCCAGCUUGGUUUUAAGACUGUGUGUGUGGAAAAGAACGAAACUUUGGGGGGAACAUGCUUGAAUGUUGGCUGCAUCCCUUCAAAGGCUUUACUCAACAACUCUUAUCUAUAUCACUUGGCACAUGGAAAGGAUUUUGCCAGCAGAGGUAUUGAAAUAACAGGACUCCAGUUAAACCUGGAGAAGAUGAUGGAACAGAAGAGUGGGGCAGUCAAGGCCUUGACAGGUGGCAUUGCUCAUUUAUUUAAACAGAACAAGGUGACGCAUGUUCCAGGAUUAGGAAAGAUUACUGGAAAGAACCAGGUUACAGCAACAGGCAGUGAUGGCAGUGAGCAAGUUAUCAACUCCAAGAACAUCCUGAUAGCUACUGGUUCAGAGGUUACACCCUUCCCUGGAAUUCAGAUUGAUGAAGACACUGUUGUGUCUUCCACUGGUGCCCUGUCUUUGAAGAGCGUUCCUGAAAAGAUGAUUGUAAUAGGUGCUGGAGUAAUUGGUGUAGAACUGGGUUCAGUGUGGCAGCGACUAGGCUCGACAGUAACGGCUGUCGAGUUCCUGGGCCAUGUAGGUGGGUUGGGCAUUGACAUGGAGAUCUCAAAAAACUUCCAACGGAUCCUACAAAAACAGGGCCUCAAGUUCAAACUGGGCACUAAGGUUACUGGGGCAACCAGGAGGCCAGAUGGAAAGAUCGAUGUCUUAGUUGAAGCAGCUGCGGGUGGGAAGUCUGAAGUCCUCACUUGUGAUGUGCUGUUGGUGUGCAUCGGCCGUCGUCCUUUUACUCAGAAUCUUGGCUUGGAAAGUGUUGGUAUUGAGCUGGAUAAUCGUGGCAGAAUCCCAGUCAACAACAGAUUCCAGACAAAGGUUCCAAGUAUCUUUGCCAUUGGGGAUGUUAUUGCUGGACCUAUGCUGGCUCAUAAGGCUGAAGAUGAAGGUAUUAUCUGUGUAGAAGGAAUGGCUGGAGGAGCUGUGCACAUAGACUACAACUGUGUGCCGUCUGUUAUCUACACUCAUCCAGAGGUGGCUUGGGUUGGUAAAAACGAGGAGCAGCUGAAAGAAGAGGGUGUCCCUUAUAAAAUUGGCAAGUUCCCGUUUGCUGCAAAUAGCCGUGCUAAAACAAAUGCAGACACAGAUGGUUUGGUCAAGAUCCUGAGUCACAAAGAAACAGACCGGAUUCUGGGAGCGCACAUUCUUGGGACAGGUGCUGGUGAAAUGAUAAAUGAAGCUACAUUAGCAAUGGAGUAUGGAGCAUCGUCUGAAGAUGUAGCCAGAGUGUGUCAUGCUCAUCCAACUGUUUCAGAAGCCUUCCGAGAAGCAAACUUGGCAGCAUCGUUUGGCAAAGCCAUCAAUUUUUAAUCUAUGUCCUUAUUUGUACAGACAACGCAUUGCAUUCUGAACUGUUGGGGGUUCUUGUGAACUGGUUCUUUUUUUUGGAAACUGUACCAUAAUUCCCAAUUGACAAUAAAGAGGGAAUGGGAUAUGAUAUUUUCUGAUGGAAUGACUGAAUGAUAGCAUUUUAAUUAUUGCAUAAAGAUCACCUGAUCUGUCUCAAGCACAUAAAACAAUUAUUUAUAUAUUAAAUGCAGGUUUGACUAAUUAUUUGCCCUCUUUUGUCCAGUUAUCCUAAAUUACAUUCUAGUUAAACUUAGUGCAGUAUAAGCAGAACCAACACUGUUAUCCAAUUGUGUGUUGUCUUCCAAACUUGAGCUGUGUAUCCUUAAAUCCACUAUUAUUGUGCCUCUGAAAGUAACCCUGAGCCAGGCACAUUCAGAAUCGUUUCUCUCUCAGGGUAACGAUAGACGUGAGUUUGCUGUAUAAUUGUAUUUUUUUUUUUUUUUAAAUGCUUAUCCAUUCUUUAUGUACCAUUUUAACAUUAGCCUGCUUAAGCUGCUGUAUUUCCAGUAAAAUGUUAAACCGUCUUGUGAAUGUGCAAUCUCAAGCAGCUGUUGAGUUUUAGUCCAGUAAAAAUACCAGACAGUAAAUAAGGUUUUGAUUUUAGUUUUGUGCACAGUAAAGGAAGCAAUUAUUUACAGCUUGUGGGACACAAGAAAAACAGAACAGUAUUAGCAGUUACCCAGGUGUAUGUCAUAUUUAACUAUAGUCUGUUAUACUUAAGAUUCAUUUUCAUCUGCUGUGGUGUUGGAGAAUUGUAUGUAAUAAACUAUGGCUUAUGUGCAGUUUUCAAUAUGCAUAAUAGUGCUCAGGAUCUAACAAAUGUUUCUGCUGUCUAAAUACGGUAUUUUCUAACUCUGGAUAUCUAAACUUGUAAUGAUGAGCCUGUACUUAAACAACUUAUGAAUUAGGACAAAGCAUUCCUUCAGAAUAAAAUUCUUAGACAGGAUCUGUAUUUUGUUUAAUUUCUAUCUAUUAAAUCACUGUCCUCUGUGCUUUUUGAUAAGACAGGGACUUUAAGUAUUCAUAUUUUUUGAAAACUUAAAAAAAACCCAAAAAACAAAACAAAACAAAAAAAAACA